CGAAGUGACCAGGCGGCGGCGGUGGCGGCGGCUCUGCUGAGGUGACAAUGUGCUAGGAGCCCUCGCCUGGUCUCCCGCGCCUCCUCGGCCUCGGCUCCCUCUCUCGCCGCGCUCGCGGAGCCCACGAGCCCGCCGCUGCGCUAUGAGGGCGCCUCUCGGGGGCUGGCUGAGGCCGGAGCCGGCUCGCUCUGCUCGCCGGCAAGUGUGAAGAGAGGCGCGGGCGGGGGCCAGGGCUGCGCGGCGCCCGCGGGCCGGCGCGGGGUCCAGGUGAGCGCGGGCUUGGAGCGCCCGGCACUCAGCGCGGCCGCCCGGCGCCUGCCCGGCUGGGUCGGAGGCUGAAUUCCGCGCGCGGACCGCAGUUCCCUCUCCGCGGGAUCCUUGGCCACGAUCGCAGAUGCAAUUUGUAGGAGUAUUUUGAGGAUGAAUGUUUGCAAAUCACUUUGAAAUUGCCAAGCACCACAUACAUGGGAUGCAUCUUGCUUUUAUCCUGGAGAUUACCUCUGUGGCUUGGUUUUAUCACAGUAGCGUCUGUCUUCAAUCUAUGUAUUAACUAGAAAUCAAGGAAAGACAUGAGGAGGUUUGUUUACUGCAAGGUGGUUCUAGCCACUUCACUGAUGUGGGUUCUCGUUGAUGUCUUCUUACUCCUGUACUUCAGUGAAUGUAACAAAUGUGAUGACAAGAAGGAGAGAUCUCUGCUACCUGCACUCAGGGCUGUUAUUUCAAGAAACCAAGAAGGGCCAGGAGAAAUGGGAAAGGCUGUGCUGAUUCCGAAAGAUGACCAUGAGAAAAUGAAAGAACUGUUUAAAAUCAAUCAAUUUAAUCUUAUGGCCAGUGAUUUGAUUGCCCUUAACAGAAGUCUGCCGGAUGUAAGAUUAGAAGGAUGCAAGACAAAGGUCUACCCUGAUGAACUUCCAAACACAAGUGUAGUCAUUGUGUUUCAUAAUGAAGCAUGGAGCACACUCCUUAGAACUGUUUACAGUGUUAUAAAUCGUUCCCCACACUAUCUACUCUCUGAGGUCAUCUUGGUAGAUGAUGCCAGUGAAAGAGAUUUUCUCAAGUUGACAUUAGAGAAUUAUGUGAAAAAUUUAGAAGUGCCAGUAAAAAUUAUUAGAAUGGAAGAGCGCUCUGGGUUGAUACGCGCCCGCCUUCGAGGAGCAGCUGCUUCAAAAGGGCAGGUCAUAACUUUUCUCGAUGCACACUGUGAGUGCACUUUAGGAUGGCUGGAGCCCUUGCUGGCAAGAAUAAAGGAAGACAGGAAAACUGUUGUAUGCCCCAUCAUUGAUGUGAUUAGUGAUGAUACUUUUGAAUAUAUGGCUGGGUCAGACAUGACUUAUGGGGGUUUUAACUGGAAACUGAAUUUCCGUUGGUAUCCUGUUCCCCAGAGAGAAAUGGAUAGGAGGAAAGGAGACAGAACACUACCUGUCAGGACCCCUACUAUGGCUGGUGGCCUAUUUUCUAUUGACAGAAACUACUUUGAAGAGAUAGGAACUUACGAUGCAGGAAUGGAUAUCUGGGGUGGAGAGAAUCUUGAAAUGUCUUUUAGGAUUUGGCAGUGUGGAGGCUCACUGGAGAUUGUGACUUGCUCCCAUGUUGGUCAUGUUUUUCGGAAGGCGACUCCAUACACGUUCCCUGGUGGCACUGGCCAUGUCAUCAACAAGAACAACAGGAGACUGGCAGAAGUCUGGAUGGAUGAAUUUAAAGAUUUCUUCUAUAUCAUAUCCCCAGGUGUUGUCAAAGUGGAUUAUGGAGAUGUGUCAGUCAGAAAAUCACUAAGAGAAAAUCUGAAGUGUAAGCCCUUUUCUUGGUACCUUGAAAACAUCUAUCCGGACUCCCAGAUCCCAAGACGUUAUUACUCACUUGGUGAGAUAAGAAACGUUGAAACGAAUCAAUGUUUAGACAACAUGGGCCGCAAGGAAAAUGAAAAAGUGGGUAUAUUCAACUGUCAUGGUAUGGGAGGAAAUCAGGUAUUUUCUUAUACUGCCGACAAAGAAAUCCGAACAGAUGACUUGUGCCUGGAUGUUUCUAGACUCAAUGGACCUGUAAUCAUGUUAAAAUGCCAUCAUAUGAGAGGAAAUCAGUUAUGGGAAUAUGAUGCCGAGAGACUCACGCUGAGACAUGUUAACAGUAACCAAUGUCUUGAUGAACCUUCUGAAGACGACAAAAUGGUGCCCACCAUGCAGGACUGUAGUGGAAGCAGAUCCCAACAAUGGCUGCUAAGGAACAUGACUUUGGGGGCAUGAAGACCAUUUCCCCCAAGUCAUGAAAGUGUCUACACUUUUGUUUUUCCAUUAUUUCAGCUAGGGAAAAAUAUUAACUUUGCUGAAUUGAAAGUUUUAAAAUCCUUUUAGUAUUCUAAAACACAGUUGUUUAUAAUUCAUUUUUAGGAAUGUUUGCUUAUUUCCCUACUAAAAUUUGUAUCUGAUCAAAAAGCACAUAAGAAAUAUAAAUAACAGCAAACUGUUAUUAAACAUCAGAACAACUUAAAAAACAAAUUGUGUUUGCUUUUAAAAACAAUCUUUAUUCCCUCACAUCACAGGAUUUAUUGGGGGGUUAUUUUUAUUUUUCUUGUCAUAGUUGUUGAAAGAGAGACAAUGUAAAUGCCUUAUAAAAUAUCUUCAUUAUGAAAUAUCAGUUGUUUUAUAAACUCACUCUGUAUCUACUGGACUUUCAUGGAAACAUGUUCAAUAUCUAUGUCAACAGCAAGACCACACACUGAAUUAUUUCUGAGCAAUCAAUUCAUCGUACUAAGUUCCAAGUUUUGUACCAGGAAAAAAAUUAAAUUGGAUAAUGAUUUCUUAUAGAGUUCUUAUAAAAAGCAUCACAUUUAAACAAAAAAAAAGAGGAGGAGAAUUUGAAAAUUCAAUUUAAAGUACAUGAAAUCAAGAAACUAGCUGAACAUUGCAAGGAGCAAGAAGAAGCUACAAUUGAAUCAUUUUAAAAGAUAUUCCGUUUGGGUUGCAGUCACUCCUAAUACAGGUUGAGUGUAAAUCAUCUUAGUCCCAGAGUUGACAUCAGAAACUCAGUCCUUACCCACUCGCUUUGUCUCAUGUAAACUAUACAGCCUUCACUAUAGAGACUGUAACGUGUUGCUUAUGCUGUACAGAAUUGUAGGUGAAGGGUGAAGUUUUAGCCCUAAUUUUUAGGGUUUUUUUGCAUUUAAAGAUUUCAGUUAGAUCAGUUACCAUUUUAAUUUUAUAUUUUAAAAAAUAAUGCGUUAGUAUCAGAAUUUCAUUGCUGUGUUAGACUAUCUAAAGUUUUCAUCACUAGGGGAAAGAACUCAAUACACAUCCAUUAAACUUCUAUUUUGAUUAAACUCCUAGAUAGAAUUCGCCAUAAAUUGUGACUCACAGAACACAAUCAGAAUUAGGCUAGCUUCACAUGUUCUUCCUCCAUCUUAAAAUCCUUUGUGUUCAAAAUAGAUGAGCAAAAAACAUGAAAAGGAAGAAAAAUCUACUAGCGAGAUUUGUGCUAAUAAAUUUUAGUGUUUGGCACCAUUUAAAAUGUCCAUAAAGCUGCUCUACGUAUGUAUUUUAUUCAUUAUAAAUGGACCCAGCAGCUAAGAGAAUUUGGGGGAAAAAUAGAAGAAGCAUCCUGUAGAGUAGAAGAUGCCACGUCUUCCCUCUCAUCUUUUCUUAAAAACCUCCGACAGAAAAUGUUAGUUCAGCUACAGGGCAACUCCUUCUCCCUCUCUCUGUCUCUCUGUCUAUCUCUCUCUCUCUCUGUCUCUGUCUCACUCUCUCUCUCUCACACGCGCGCGCGCGCGGGCGCGCACACACACACACACACACACACACACACACUGCUUUAUAAUGAAAAGGAGGACACUUUCUGAAGGCCAGUAAUAUCUUGUGUGACUUUCCCAGCUAGCAUUCCUUCCUUUUGGCAUUAUACUGGUACAACUCUAAGGAUGAGUUCUACAACCUGGAGCACUUUCAUUUACUCCUUAAAGUAUAGACGUCCCUCACCUCAAGGUCUCUGGGAAUCCUUGACACUCUUAAAAUUAUAAGCAAAGGUUUGAUUGUCGGGCAUUUUUUUCUGGGGGGAGAAUUCAGUGCUUAAAGCAAACUUCUGAGGAAACUGUGACUCCCAAGAGCUAUGAACCACUGCUUUAAAUCGAUAGUGGCCUCACAACUCAACUGAGGUCUGACUUAACAAUCCCAUUUUCCGUUUUCACUGUCUUUUUUUCCCCUUUUCCUGACUAAAAUAUGGUAGAAUGUCCCUGCAAAGCAUUUUUCCUUAAACUUAAAAAGCUUAAAGACUCAAUCAAGGACUCAGACAAUCUGUUCCAGUUAUUAUGGAUCUGUCAAUCAAAAUGCAUGUGUUAUCUAGCAAAUAGUCAACGACAAAUUUUUUGAAAGUACAGCUACUCUAUCAAAACUGAAUUUGACACAUUUCAACAGCAUUUUAAAUAUUUGAAAUUUCAUUAUGGUCAUAAGCAAAAAUACAGGAAAAAUGAAAACUGCAUGAAUUUCAUGCCAGAGGAGAAUUUUCAAAGAAUCCUCAGAUGGUUUAAGCACAUGCUGUUAGAGUAUCUAACAAACAAAAAAUGACAUAAAAUAUCAAAAAGCUAGAAAUUAGUUUUUUUCAAAAAUAUUUAUUGUAUUUAGUACAGAAAAUUAGAAUCCUGAUUGAAUUUGCAAUGCACUCAUAUCUUCCUUGUCUAUGGAACUAGACUAAUAGAUAUUUCAAGUGACUUUACACUUCCUCUUCUGAGGUCUUCCCCAUUGCAGUUAAUGCCAACUCCAACCUUCCAGAUGCUGAGAUCAAAAGCCCAGAGUUACUUUUAACUUUGCUUUUUCUCUCUCAACUUUUGUCUAAUCCAUCAGCAAAUUCCCUUGAUGCUAUAUUGAAAUAUAAGCAGAAACCAACAACUUACCACCACAUCCACUGUAACCUUUUUCUUUGCAAUAUGCAUAUAAUUUGGUUCCCUAGUUUGCCAGCCUUUCCUCCAAUAGUCUUUUCUCGAUACAAGAGCCAUAGUGAUUCUCUUAAACAUAAAUUUGACUGUGUCACUUCUCUGUUCACAACCUUCCAAUGACUUCUCGUGUCUCUCCAACCUAACUUCUUACAGUGGUCUUCAAGGUCCUUGAUGAAUGACACCCCUCUACUCUUGUGCAUACGCACACACAUAAGCACAUGUUUCUGAUUACGCGUCAUACCAUUCUGCCCCUUACUUAUUUUAUUCUGGCUUCCAAGCAAGUUUCUGUCUUGGUGUUUUGUUCCCUCUGCCCCACAGAGGUCUCUCACUCGCUUUCUUUAGAUUUCUGUUCAACUAUUAUCUCGUCAGUAAGGCAAAGCCUUCUCCCUCCUGCCCUCACUAUCUCCUGUACAUUCUCUGACAAACUAUAAAUUUUCUUCCUUAUUUUUUAUCUACCCUUCCACCUCCCUACCCGCCAACAUCCCCAUCACACGCCUUAGAAUAUAAGCCCCAUAACUGCCGGGACUUUGCCAGUUUUGUUCACUGUGGUAUCCCCAGUACCUGUUAGAGUUCUUGGCACAGAGUAAGCAUUCUUUAAAUAUUUCUUAAAUUAAUGAACUGAAAAAUAUGUGUUAUAGUUGCUAAGUGCUACUGUAUCAUAUCCCUUUUUUUGCACAUUAUUUUAAAUUUUAAAAUAAAGUUUAGUCAUAUAUUUAGACAGGAUUUACAUAACUUUCUCGCUAAAUGAUAAUUUUCUUCCUAAUUUCUUCACAUUAAAAUAUGGACUAUAUUUUUUCUCUGUGACAAAAUAUCCUGCCUUAUGGAAAUGAAAUAUGACAUUUUAUAAACAUGCUGCUAUAUUAUAUAAGUUGCUUUAUUAAGAUAAACAUUAUUUUUAUUUUUUGGUUAUGUUCAAUGGCUACCUGAAGGUGUAAGAUUUUUACUUUUAGAGGGAGAUGUAUCAUUUUCUUAAAAAUCAUAGUGUAUUUCAUGGUUCCAUAGAAGCUAUUACUAAGUUUAUUUUCUAAGUGCAAGUAUAUGAACAAAACACAAUUGUAGAAACUUUGAAAGGACUUUACAGAUGAUCUAUGUUUAGUUUCUCUGUUUAUAGAUAAUAAGGCUGAGACCCAGAUAUGUAAUGUGGUUUCCCCAAGGAUCACAUAGCUAUUAUUAGUGUUGCCAGGACUCAUCAUUGUUAAUAUAACCUAAUACUGUCUUCAAUUCUAAAGUACUCAAAAAUAAAAUAGGAAGGGCACAAUAAUGAGGAAAAUGUCUUCAUUAAACAUUUUGUGAUAAGUACAUUGAUUCUUUAGAGACCUAUAACUUCUCACUACCUUUCAUACUUAAAUAAGAUUAGCUCUAUGAACUACUACCACAGGCGAUAAAUAAAGACCUGCAGCAGAAAUAAAGAAAUUAACAGGAAAUAGCAUAGUUACAAAACAUCCUGGCAUUAUUGGGCAAAGUGGGUUUCAGGGAAGCAAAGCCUCUUCAGCAGUAACUAAUGGAACAUACUCUCCACUCACUUCCGUUUUCCUUAUAAUGAUAUUCAAGUUAAAAGAUUGGCCUACAGAUUGCACAGAGAAUUAGACCAGCUAGUACUGUGAACAUUGGGCAGGUUCUAGGUUAUGCAGCUUCAAAGACUGCCGGGUAAUCAGCAGAGAUUUCUAGGCUUCCCAGGGGAGCUCUGUAGGUUCUAGUAAACACAACCCUUAAAUUCAGUUUUGCUAUGGUGUUUAGAAACAGCCUAAUAAAUAAAAAGAAAAAAAAAAGUAAAGGGAGAGACAGAAAAAAUAACUACAACAAUAAAACAACAGAAACAAUUUUAGCUUUUUUUGUUUGUUUGGUGGGAAGUUGAGAGCAUAGCACAAAUUGGUGCAGUGAAGGUCAAAAUAUUGAUUCCCCCCUAUGUUGUUUUCACCACUUGAGAAAUGAUGAUCAUAUCUAAUCACAACCAUUUUACUUACAUCUCAUUUAUAGAUGCUCAAUCUAAUAUUACAGGAGGCAAAAUGUGUAUGCAUUCUUAAAUUAUAAAGGAUGCUAAUUUGACAAAUACAAAGAAUUUUACAAAUUCAAGAUCUUGAUGGAUGUGUCAUCAUCCACAAGCUGUCUUUCUGCAUAGCUGAUAACUGCAAACUUGAAUAAAUUUCCAAUUCACUUGGGCAGCAAAAAUUCAGUUAAGUCUUAAGGCAACUUAUAUUUCAAGAUUCAGCCACUACUGACCAUUUUUUCCCAUUUUUCUCCAAUAUGUCAAAUAUGGAAUAGAAAACACAGCCGCUCUUCUAUACAGCACAUGAACUCAUCUGGUGUGACUACACCAUGUUCAAACUGCUAUUAAGUAUAAGCUACUGUAUGACUUUAAGGUGUUGAAUGAACACCAGCAAUGUGUUUUAAAUAGUUUGUGUAAAUUUGUGUCCAACUUUUGUUUUAUAUUGUUCAAUAAAUUCUGAAGGCAAUUUUCAUUGUAUUUGUUUAAAAAAUCCCUCUGAAAUACUAGUGAUGCAGGGCAGCUCUUUUGUUAACUGUCUUUUGAGAUAAAGACCACUUCUAUGAUAUUUAUGUCCUCAUUAUAUAAAGUUAUCAUUUUGCUUUUGUUUUUAGCUAGGGAGAAAAAAAUCACUUAAUAUUCUGUUUUUAAUGAGUUAGGAUGAGGAUGGGAAAUUAGAUGAUUAAGGCUAUAUCUAUGACAGUUAAAAAAUGAGAUUUUCAUCAUGCAUUUAAUUUGGUAAAAGAAUGAAUGUAAGCUGCUGCCUGGUUUCAGUUGUAUUUUCAGCUAAAAAUAGCACAAGCGGAAAAAAAAGGACUUGAUGAUUAUAUGAAUUUUUUUUGCAGGAGCUUUUGUUUUUUUGGUCAGUGUAGCAACAGCUAAUGAGAAAUUAUUCAAAAAUGUUUUAGUUAUAUGCUUGGCACACAGUUCUUUAACAUUUAUAAAAGUAGAUUGUGCAUAAAGAAUUACACAUUUUAAAUAUUGUAAGCAUUACUAAAUGGUGUAAUUGUCCUUUUGCUAUAAAUUUAAAUAUUUAUACAUUUUUGUAGAAUUAAAAUAUACUAAUUUAGUUUUCCUUUGCUAUACGUUGUUUUUUUAAAAUUUUGUUAGCAUUUCAAAUAGAUGACCAAUUUCAGUAUUUUAUGUUUGUGUU